CCGGUGUCCGCAGGCCGUGUCCGGGCCUGGGGUCCGCUCUCCUUCCGGCUGUGGCGGCCAUGGAGCGGUCGGGUGGCCCCGCGACAAUGUCCCAGACCCCACCAUCACCGUGCCUGGAUAUGUCCUGACCCACCAGCAGAGGUGGCGGCACAGUGAGAUACAGUUGGGAGAGAGCUGCCCUGGGGGUCCUCAACAUUGACUCUGGACCAAAUGAUGUCUCAUGGCUUCAGGUGAAACAUGGGCAAGGAAACCACCUGCUAAGUAUUGCAUACUGUUCUUGGCUGAUGAAUCGGUACCCCACCAUGUGAACAUCACUCGGAGGAAGCACUGCGGGUGACAAUCAAUGACUUGUUCCUUGCUCUGUAUGAGAUGGGAUUUGAGGAGAGUCGGGUGCAGGCUGCAGUGCAGGCUGGAAUCUUCAAUGUGCACGACGCUACUGAAUGGUUGCUCCAAGGGGGAGAUUGCACCAAGCGUGGUCAGGAGUCACGGGCCCCAACACCUGGGGCGAUGUCAGCAUUUAAUCCACCACUCGCUCAGGGAGUGACCCUUCCACUGACUGAACCACCAGAUGACCGGAGACACAUCCCGCCUGGCACACAGAAUCCACCUGAAGCUGCACCUUACCCAGCGUUAGCCCUCUCCAGGAGAAAUCCCAACCUGAAGGAGUUUGAGGAGCAGCAGAGGGAACAGUUCGCUCAGCAAAUCAAAGCUGAGAGGAGGCGGAAACAGAAGGACCAUGAGUUGGCGUUGAAGAGAAUAGCUGAUGAUCGUGAAAAUCUGAAAGCAAAGUCAGCUCCCACUUGCAAGCCCAGUCCCCCUCAACAGGGUCAGAGGUUAGGGGGCAAAGUUCAAACUGCAGUGGAAGACCAUUGCAUUCUUAUGAUCAGGCUUCCAUCCGGACGCACGUUCCGGGAACGAUUCCGACAGGAUGAUACACUGCAGAGUGUGAAGGACUACGUCACACAGGAAUGCCCCGACCUUCGGAAUAUUGUUCUGCUACAGGGUUUCCCAAAGAGGCAUUUCACGGACAAGGACCUGGGCUGUACGCUGGGAGCUUUAGGACUGAGCCCGAAUGCCACUCUGUGUGUGCAGGAUGAGCAGCAGAGAGCUACACUGCAGCCAAACCUGCCACCAGGUUCCUACACACUGACAGCAGCCAGUGUUCCCAGUGCAGGGAUCCCACCAUCCAAUCACAGUGAGCAGACUGCCCCGACUCUGCCAGAGAGCCAGCAGCGUGGCCUGUCCAGGACAGCCGCCCCGCAUUCCUGGGGCCGGGGAGAAGCCUUGGGGUGCGCAACAACACAGGACACCCCUAGGCUGGAGAACCCACAGCCCACUCCAGGACCGGAGCAGCAGCUCGACCUCCGGAACGCCGGGAUAACAGCACCAGCAGAGUGUCCAUCAAGACCAGCACAUUCCUGGGGUCGGGGAUGGAAACUGGCUGCAGGUGACCAGAGAGAAUUCCCGAAUGUCGAUGAUGGGAAGGCUGAUCAGAAUGUCCAACAAGCGGACAACGUCAUCUCAGAGGAUCAGCUCAUUCCUCCUGCCUUUGACCCAGAAAUCAUCUUUCGCCAAAAUGGAGACCGAAUUCGCAGUGGAUUUCAACCUCGAUACCAGUGGCCCAAUCAGGGCAAUCGUCUCAGGGAUGCCCAAGAGGAGGCAGCUAAUCACGAUGACCAGAGUCUGCGGGACCUACCAACGGUUGCUGGCCAGGCUGCUGUGCAGCGUCUGAACAGAGCUGGGGAACACGAAGCCACUCCCUCAACACCGUCCUCUCAGAAGAAGCAAUGUCGGGCCACGCCAGUGCCCUCACUGUUCAAGAUGGCGACCAGAUGCACCAUAGCGCUGAUGACAGCUCCCAGUAUGCAGUACAGUCGGAGCCUGGCCUGUUUGACUCCUGGGCUUGCUGAACACCUCCUCCUGCACAUGGUUCACCAGCGAUUGCUUCGGCCCAAAUCCAUUGAACUCUUUUUUGGAUGCCAGAUCCAGAAACUCGUCCUCAACUGCUACCCGUAUGCUACCAAUGACCUGCUCCGGCAGCUCCGUGCCUUCCAGUCACUCAAGCAGCUCAGUCUCACAUCCUGUCCCCUCAUUACAGAUUCCGGCCUAGAGGUGCUUUCGAGUUUACAAAGACUGCAGCAGCUGAACCUGGCAGCCUGUGUGAAGCUCACUGACCGCUGUCUGUGCAGUCUGAAAGGUCUGAAGUGUCUUUCUCAUCUGGUCUUGGACCAGACCAAAGUAAGCGAUUCAGGUAUGAUGGAUUACCUGGUGUGUGCUGGUGCAUCACUCGUUCAUCUCAGCCUGAAUCAGACUGGCAUCACGGAGAGAACACUGACCGUGUUAUCCAGAAGUGUCCAACAGCUCCGGUUCCUGAGCCUCAGACAAACCAAGGUGUGUGAUGUGUCAGCGCUGAAGGAUCUGCCAGUUCUACAGACCCUGUACCUGGAUAAUUUGGACAUCAGAGAGACCUCACUGCAGGCCCUCAGCUCUCAUCCGACUCUGUCCUCACUGAGUGUCUCAGGACUGCACGCACUCAAUGGAGACACUACCCUGAAGAUUAUCUCAGGUCUGAAUCUGACUCACCUGAAGCUCCCAGACAGACAGACGGUUAGCGACUCUGGAAUCCAUUUCCUAUCUUUUCUGGAGCGACUGACUGAGCUCGACCUCACUGAUUACACCCAGGUCACAGACCAAGGCGUCAGCUCCCUGGGCAGGCUGCAGCGGUUGGUGAAGCUUUCCCUGAGUAACACUUUGGUAACAGAUGCAGGGUUAGUUCACCUGCAGUCUCUGAAGAACCUCCAGGAGCUCUGUCUGGACCGCACCAGGGUCAGGAGCAAAGGGGUGGCCAAGUGCAUCAGGAACCUGCCUCGUUUACAGGUGUUGAGUUUAGCAUCAACGUGUGUCGGGGACAGUGUUGUGAGUCACGGCCUACUGCACUGUAAACAGCUGCUGAAAGUUAACCUGAGCAACACACGGAUCACCGACCGAGGCCUGAGGUAUGUCAGCCAGACCAGUGUGAGUCAGCUCAACCUCGAUGGGACAGGAGUCACACUGCCUGCCAUCAGCAGCCUCCUGGCAUCCUGCCCUGGCAUCACCAGCAUCCGGGUCAACAACCUGCACACCCACUCCCCUGACCAGGUCUCCGACGAAGAGCUGACGGCUGAGGAUUGACGGGACGACUGGAGGAGGAGGGGGCGAGGAGGAUGGGUACAAGCCACCCCCCCCCUCCCGGUGCAAUCAAAACGGGUAUCAGGAGUGAGGAGCCUCACUCUCUAUCGCUCAGAGAAUCGGUGUGGAAAGGAACUUCCUCACCUUUAGCCUGAUCUUCACUCAGUUGCUGCCCUUCUGGUUUUGUAGUUUGCUCACCUCUUCCCCUGUCAAUAUCCUUAACUUUCCACCCAGUCAGAGUCCUGAAGUAGGGCAUCCCGAAAAAGACAACUCUAAAUGCAGACUAUAUCUAAUCCUGCGCUGUCCCUGUCCUGGGAGUGUUUGUUAGGGACAGUUUGGAGGGAACUUUACACUGUAUCUAACACCAUGCUGUCUCUGAGCUUGGAGUGUUUGAGGGGGAUGGUGUAAAAGGAGCUUUACUCUAUCUGACCUCACGCUGUCCCUUAGCUCAGAAUGUUUGGUGGGGGACAGUGGAGAGGAGGCUUUGUGCUCUCUCUAACCCUGUGUUGUCCAUGUCCUGGGAGUGUUUGAUGGGGGGACAGAGGAGAGGGAGCUUUACCCUGUAUCUAACCCUGUGCUAAACCUGUCCUGGGAGUGUUUGAUGGGGGAGAGAGGAGAGGGAGCUUUACUCUGUAUCUAACCCUGUGCUAAACCUGUCCUGGGAGUGUUUGAUGGGGGGACAGAGGAAAGGGAGCUUUACCCUGUAUCUAAUCCUGUGCUAAACCUGUCCUGGGAGUGUUUGAUGGGGGAGAGAGGAGAGGGAGCUUUACACUGUAUCUAAUCCUGUGCUAAACCUGUCCUGGGAGUGUUUGAUGGGGGGACAGAGGAAAGGGAGCUUUACCCUGUAUCUAAUCCUGUGCUAAACCUGUCCUGGGAGUGUUUGAUGGGGGAGAGAGGAGAGGGAGCUUUACUCUGUAUCUAACCCUGUGUUGUCCCUGUCCUGGGAGUGUUUGAUGGGGGACAGAGGAGAGAGAGCUUUACCCUGUAUCUAACCCUGUGCUAAACCUGUCCUGGGAGUGUUUGAUGGGGGGACAGAGGAAAGGGAGCUUUACCCUGUAUCUAAUCCUGUGCUAAACCUGUCCUGGGAGUGUUUGAUGGGGGAGAGAGGAGAGGGAGCUUUACUCUGUAUCUAACCCUGUGUUGUCCCUGUCCUGGGAGUGUUUGAUGGGGGACAGAGGAGAGAGAGCUUUACUCUGUAUCUAACCCUGUGUUGUCCCUGUCCUGGGAGUGUUUGAUGGGAGACAGAGGAGAGAGAGCUUUACUCUCUCUCUAACCUCAUUCUGGGGUAGUAGGACUCUGAUUGGGAUUCCUGUAAUUGGAAACUGUUCUGAAUGACUCACGGUGCUGCUGUUGAGCUCUGCGUAGUGCGCUUCAUUUCAAGGGUUCUAGGUUUGCCAUUUUCUGGGUCACAUGAUUGAUUUCUGCUGAUGAGGAAGGGUCUGUAAGUUUUUCCCCCUUUCACCAUAAGUUUUCCUUGGGAGCUGCCGGUUAGACUGGAAGGAGAGGUAGCUUUAUUUUGAAUAGCACUUUGCCUCUUCUGUGCUUCGAUUGAUUUGUUUUUCAAAGAGAAAUGUUUUGUGACUAAAAGCUAACUUGGAACCUA